AAAAAUUGUAUUUCCAUUUUUUUGUUUAUAAAAAUCUACUAAAAUGUGUAACGAAGACCUUAAACAAUUGUUAACAAACGAAGUUUGUGAAAAUUUAAUAGCAAAAAAAUUAAAAACUAAUGAAUUCAAAAUAAUAAAUACAAUAAUUAAACCAUUAUCAGAUGCACCGCAAGGAUUUUCGGGAACACAUUUCUUUUUAAAAUUUGAAAUAACCACAAAAAAUGAAUUAAAAACAGUGAAAUUCUUUUUAAAAUUCAAAUUGGAUUUAGAUGCUUCUAUAUUCUAUCGUGACGGUAAUAAUGAUAUUUACGGACGUGAAGCCGAAUUUUUACAAUUGACUACACAAUAUAACGUCGAUUGGGCUCCUAAAUUGUAUGAUUAUGUUGGAGAACGUUUAUUAGUUUUAGAAGAUUUAAGUGAACGUGGCUUUACUAUAAACGUGGAACGUGGAAAGUUUAAUUUGAAUGAUUGCUUUGCGGGUAUACAAUCUUUAGCAAAAUUAAAUGCAUUUUAUUUCCAGUUAAUUCAUGAUAAGAAAAAAUUAAAUCCGAACUUUUCCAUUUUAAAAGAAUAUUCAAAUUUUUUCAAAGAAGUCAUCUUGCAAUUGGAGACAAACCUUGGUAAAGAAUGGUGUAAAGCUACAAUAGAUUCCUUCAAUUGUAUUCUAGACGAAAUGCCAACAUCAAACUUGAAAAUCAAAAAGAAAAUUAAUGAAAAAUUUAAUGAUUUAAUCGAAUAUUUAAAACCGGUGGAAAAUCAAUAUAAAGUCAUUUCACAUGGUGAUUUAUGGUCGAAUAAUAUUAUGUUUUCAAAUGAAAAUGGUUCUCCACGAUGUUGUUUUAUUGAUUAUCAAUUACUGCGUUUUUUACCACCUGCUCACGAUAUUCUUACGUUACUACAUUUAAAUACUACAACGGAAUUUCGUAGACAACAUGAUUUGAAUCAAUUUUUUGAUUAUUAUUAUGAACAAUUUUCGACCGAAUUAAAUAAAAUCGGUUUAGAUUCGAAUGUGGUCUUUCCGAUGGAUGUGUUUAAAGCAUCUAUAAAUACUUCAAUGGUACCGGUUUUGUUGUUAAAUUGUAUGGUUAAAUCAUUUUUAUUGAUGGAUUUCACUCGAUUGAGUACAUACAUAGCCGAGAAUGAUGAGGGUCUUUGGACAAAGGAACGUGCAAAAAUUAUAAAACAUGAAUUAGAUACUGAUGAAAAGUAUAAACAAGCUAUAUUUGAAGAAUUCCAAGUAUUAAUUGAUGAAAUUGUUAAAUUAUUAUGAGUUUGUACCUACGCCACAAUCAAGUAUAUUUGAAAUUAAAUUUUGGGAUUCGUAAAUAUAUUGGAACAAGGAAAUAAAUGUUUAUUUUAUCUGUACUUCCAAAAAUAUAGAAGAGAAAUUUAGCAAUCUGAA